GCAAUGGAAAGCUGGUGAAAAUGCCUCGGUGCGGACAGGAGGCUUCAGACCAGCUUCUCCAACAGUUUAUCCGCUCAGGCUCCUCCACCAGGUGUUUGAGGAAUAAGAUCAUGAAGAAUUGGGGUGUGAUCGGAGGUGUGGUCGCUGCCCUGGCGGCCGGUGUGUACGUGCUAUGGGGUCCCACCUCGGACAGGAAGAAGAGACGGACAGGGAUGGUGCCAGGUCUGCUGAACCUGGGUAACACGUGCUUCCUGAACGCCCUGCUGCAGGGUCUGGCCUCCUGCCCCUCGUUCGUCAGCUGGCUUCAGCAGUUCAGCACCCAGAGUAGCACCCGCGUCAUGGAGAAGGACACCAGGAUAUCAGCCACUCUACUGCAGCUACUUCAAGCUCUGUCCAGUACAGAUCCUGAAGAGGACGACAUUCUGGAUGCAGGGUGUCUGUUAGAAGCUCUGCGUCUCUACAGGUGGCACAUCAGCUCGUUCGAGGAACAGGAUGCUCACGAGCUUUUUCACGUCUUGACGUCUUCUCUGGAGGAGGAGCGCGACCGCCAACACAAAGUCGCUCACCUGUUCGAUAUGGAGACGCUGGAGAAGUCGGCGAAGACGAGUGAAACGUCCAUCAGCUGUCGGAGUCGAGGGCCGUUACAUCCUAUAGCGAGCCAGUGGAGGACACAGCACCCGUUCCACGGCCGCCUGACCAGCUACAUGGCCUGCAAACGCUGCGAGCGGCAGAGUCCGGUUCGUUAUGAUUCGUUCGACAGUCUCUCGCUCUCCAUUCCAGCUGUUCAGUGGGGUCGGCCAGUUACUCUGGAUCAGUGCCUUCAGCAUUUCAUCUCUUCCGAAACCAUUAAGGAGGUGGAGUGUGAGAACUGCACCAAGAAACAGGCCGAGGACUUGGACGGGUCGGUUCUGGAGAGCCAGAGGACCACAUUCAUCAAGCAGCUCAAAUUGGGCAAGCUCCCCCAGUGCCUGUGCAUCCACCUGCAGAGACUCACCUGGUCACCAGAGGGCGCUCCCACCAAGAGGCACGAGCACGUUCAGUUCUCCGAGUACCUCAGCAUGGACCGCUAUAAACACCGCGGCCCCGCCCAGAGACCCUGCAGGACCCAGAAACCCCCUGCAGCUGCGGAAACACACGGUCCGAACCUGACCAACGGAGUCGAUCCAGAACUUCACAACAACAACAAACCACUUGCAAAUGGAAGCUUGUCCUCCGCCUUCGUCCAUCCUCCGACACUCAGUCCAGCGUUUGACCUCACGUACGACUACAGCUCAUCUGAGUAUCUGUUCAGGUUGACGGCGGUGCUGAUCCACCACGGCGACACGCACUCGGGCCACUUCGUCACGUACCGGCGCGGCUCAACGCCCCUCAGCCCCCAGUGGCUGUGGGUUUCGGACGAGUCGGUGCGCCAGGCCAGUCUGCAGGAGGUGCUCUCGUCCAGCGCCUACCUGCUCUUCUACGAGAGGGUGCGCAAGUGAACCGGGACCGAAAAUGUACUUUUACUGGGAAGUUCACUCACUGCUGCUGGUGCAGACGACGCCCUGCCAAGCCGAACAGAGCAGAACAGAACUGCAGAAGGGUUCACUGGGACGCUCUGGGAUGUUGGGUGACUUCCAUGGCUACUUCCCUUCUGGACGUCCACUUUUCUUGAGGUGUGGGUUAAACGAAGCAGGGUUUUCCAAUAUGAUACACCAGUCCUGAAUUUUCCAGUGUUCAGAAAUCUGAUUUAACCCGUAACUGUGAACAUUUUUGUGAUUAUUUAAGAUGUUUGUUUUGCCUUUUUAAGCUAAAAUCAAACUACAGAUGGGAAAUAACGAUCCUGAUGAAGCUACUCGACCUACAUACGGUUGAAGCCAAAAGUUUACAUACACUUGUAAUAAACAGCCGUGUCUAAUUGGUCUAAACGAACUGUUAAUGGUUUUCUGAAAAUCUGUAGAGUGAUGAAUGAACAAACAGGCUUUUAGAUGAUUGACUUCAUGGUGUUGGAAGUUCUCUAAUGUCAUUUAACGUAACGUGACAGGAGCUAUGCUCUCUAGGAGCCCCGGUGUCUGGUAUCUAGAGCGUCAUCAGGACUCAAACUCACGAUUUCUUAAAAACAAAAAGAAUAUCAUGAACACAUUACUGCUUUUGUCACUUUAACCACAUAAAUACAGGUAAGAAUGGUCAUGUUGGUAUUAUAGCUGUUUUUGUAAUGUAACUGACCAAAACUACGUAGACACAUGACCAUGAACGUUAAUAUGGAGUGCCUUGUCCACUUUUGUAGCUAUAAC